UGUUCCAUGUGGAACGUAAGCACGUGGGUCCGCAGAGGGCCGGCACCGGUCAUUCGGAACUGAGGGACCAAGGCGAAGGAAGCCAGGAAGCAUCAAGGGAAGACUUGAGCCCAGGCUGCUAUGGAGCUGUACCUCAGCGCCUGCUCCAAGACUGCCAAUGUGGCUGCCAAUAAGGCAGCCUCCAGCACCGUGGCAGACGACAGUCAGCAAUGCGGAGAUGGAGCACACAAAACCCCAAUUCCAGGGGUAGGAGCUGCUCAGCUCCUAGAUCUUCCUCUUGGGGUCAAGCUGCCUAUGAUCCCAGGAACUGAUACUGUAUAUUUUACUACGAAUAUCAGUGAAAAGCUUUUUCGACCUUCCUAUGGUUUUAACCUGACUGAUCCUUACUGUCGACUUUUGGAAACCCAAUAUAAAAGUCUCCAUGAUCCACAUUUAAGAACAUAUUAUAAGCGCAAAGAUAUUCUGAGGAGACUAAAGAAAGGUGGCUAUAUCACCAGCAAUAAUAAAAUUGUAUGCAGCUUGAGGGAGCUGAAUAAAUAUCGGCAAUACCUUACCAGCCUAAAGUUAGACUUUGAAAGAAACUACUUAAGAGAACAGCAAUUGAUUUCGAAACAACUACACAGACUUCAAGAAACCAGCCAACUUCCUCAUUGUUCUGAUGUCACACGAUUCCAGAACUGGCUGUUACAGGACAACUCUCAGUGUAUUAAGGACCAAGAACGUUUGUUAAGGCACAGAUAUUUGGAUAUGAUAAGUAAGGAAUUAGAACAACUUGAGCGCACAGCGGAAGAACAACGCUUACUCCGCAUGGACAGAGAGGAGAGACGACAGCGGGAAUAUGCAAGGAAAAAACUUAGUCUUCGUAGAAAAAUUGAAGAGGAAUGGAAGACAAAGGAGAUGAUGCUUCUCACAAAGAUCGGAGAAGAUGUUAAGAGAGAACAGAGGGUAGAAGAACAAAGGCGGAGAAGCCGAGAAGAGAGUGACCGAAAGAAACAAGCAAUGUUAGAGAAGAAAAUGGCUUAUCAUUUACAAAAGAUGCAGGAUACUGGCUUAAAAGAUGACAUGGGAAGAAGUGGAUUUGAAUAUAAAGGACAAACUAUGUUUGAAUCUUCCCCAAAGAAGAAAAAGAGGCCGCUUGAUGAUAUAAAAGUAGUUUAUCCCGAUAGCGACCAGAAAGCAUAUAAAGGAGCAUCAGGACAAGUAUCAUCCACUGUCAAUCAGUCCCAGAGUAGUUCAAAGAAUGUUACAAAAGUGUCAGGAUCCUCAGUUGCUUAUCCGGCAGACGUACAAAACAGCAGUUCAGAGCAAAAGAGAAAUGGAAUAACGAAAAAACUAAGUGAUGAAAGAGUCCCUGGAACUACAUCAACUAGAGACUCAGUUAUUUCAGCUCAAGAGUCACCCACAAAGAAUGCUAGGCUUUCACAGACAUCUUUGAUACAUCAUAAAGAAGAGAAGAUGCAAAGUGAUUGGAAUGGAAGACCAAGCAAGAAAUCAAGCUAUGUUGGAGAACCAGGGUCACAGAGUUGUGCUCCGCCCCCCAAUAUCUUUUCUUCUCCCGUUUACUCAAAUAUGCAACAAAAUUUACAACAUUGCUUGAAGGAAAAAGUAACUUCUGAAGAACUAAAUAGCAUAAUCCAAAAUAUAAUGACCUGGGUUGUAGCUACAGUAACCAGUAUAUUAUAUCCAGCCAUCACAAAAUAUGAAGAACGAGUACAGAGUAAUACAUACCAAGUGUCUGAUGACUCCGACCUUUCUUCAGACAGUUCAAGCUUCUGUAGUACAUGCAGCGAAGGUUUUACAUACAGAAGCUAUACAGCUAAAACAUUUCAAGCUGAUCCGUGUGCAUUUGCCACUGACGUGCCAUUGAAAAAACCACCUUCACCUGUGAAAACUCCUUCUGCACAUGUGGAAAAAACAGUUAUUGACCAAACAUAUGAAAAGAAAGGACAAGAUAUAGCUUCACAAGUUAAUUUCAACAAAACCAGCUUGGACUACCCAUUUCCUAAGAUAGGAAGCAGUAAAUCGGAUAGUCAUCUCUUAACAUCAUUAGAAACAUGCACUAAAACGUCCAAAGACGCUACCACAGAAACAGAGAGUUUAGAGAUCCCAUUUCUAUAUGAUAAAAAAGCAAAGGCCAUGGAUGAGAUGAAAAAUUUAAAGAAUGUCUUUGUAAACUUUAAAUGUCAUUUGAAAGGAGAAACACAACUUAUUUUAGAAAGUAUUUUUCAAGAAAUAAUGUCUGACUUAAGCCAGGCCAUUCCCUCUCUUUCUUCUGUGACUGCUGAAGUUUUUGUCGAUCAGACUGAUGCUGAAAGAGAAGAGUUUCUCUCCAAUGUUGACAUCUGUUCAGUAGCUUCAGAGAUUGUGGAAAACAUGCUCGAGAAGCUGGAGUGCGCUGUUGAGAGAAAAUAUGUGCAGAUCUUUUCACAAGAAGACUUGUCAGUUGAGAUUAAACCAAGUUUAUCAACUAGUGGUGAAUAUUUUUCAUCCAUAGAAACAAAACCUUCAGAAGAUACGCUGAGUUUUACUUUGGAGCCAAUGUGUGAUAUUGCAGAUGAUAUGGUACAUUCUAUUUUAGAAAAAUUGAUGGUUCUUGCAUCUUAUAAGAAAACUGAAGUUUCUCCAGAAGACAGUACUAAACAUUUCCACCAACCAACCAAGACAGAGCCAAUCCAUAAAGUCUAUCAAAAAACGGACCAAAAGAAAGCUAGCCCUGCAUUUGAUGCUUCUAAUCUAAUUGCAAAAGAAGACAUUCAAAACUUAAUAUCAGAUAUUUUUUCACAGUCGUCUCUAGUUGGUUAUGUGGAAGAGGCAAUCAGCACUAUACUAGGCUAUGUCCAAACAGAACUCAAUAAUGAGAGACUGAUUGCAUCUGAAGAAACUGUAGUACUUCUUCAGCUGCUGGAUGAUGUCUUAACUCAGCUUCACCAGCAGCCAGAAAAAGCAGCUGUUAAAAAACAGAGACGACCUAGAGUAAGAAGUUUUUCUGAAUCUGAAGAAAAGUAUAGACUCACUGGCACCACAUCAUUUAAUAAUCUUAGGUCUAAAAAACCAUUUCCACCUGUUAAUGUCCCCGGAAUGGUUCUUUAUUCUGAAGAUGAUGAUGAGGAAAUAGAUAACUUUGUGCGAAGUGUGCUUGAUUCAUCUUUCAGUGAUGAGAAGGUAAAAUCACCAGAGCAGAUUCCCAGCCAUUGGCCUAAAAGGAGAGAUACUUGUUUUGAAUCCAGGAGAAGCAGUAAACCUCCAACGAAAUCUACUUUUGAAAGUAGAACGAAAAACAGAGUGGAGUCUCGUGACUGGGGAUUAAAAUUGGAGCUGUCUCUUAGUAGUGAAGAUAUUGUGAAGACAAAGCACGGCUUGAGUGGCGAGGCUUCAAUUUUCAGCCAAGAUCAAAAGCACCAAAUACAGAAGGCUUCAGAAAACAUAGUGAAACACAUUUUAACAGAGAUGCUCAAGGAUAUAUCUUCUGAUUCAUCUAGCCACACGGGAAGCCAAGCUGGUGAAGAAGGCUCUGCUUUCAUCUCAGACAAAUUUCAAGGACUAUCAGAUCAAGACUGGAUGGAACAGAUAUUCUCUGGGUCCGAAAUUUGUGCAUUCGCACAUGAGAUAACAGAUUCUGUAAUAAAUAUACUUCAUAAGGCCUCAACGUACAUUCCAAGUACCAUUAAAAAUGCCUUUACAUCAGUUCAUCAUACUUAUGUAGAUCCUUCUGAUACUGCCCACACAUCCAAAGAGACAUCGAGUAAAGUGCCAUUUAAAAUAUGGUUUGACAGUGAAAAGAAAGUGAAAUAUUUAUCUUCUCUGAACAUGGAGCAAGAAAAGACUUCCAAGUUAAGAUCUGGAAAAUGUGAACCUAAGCGUGUCAAUGAUAUUACUGAUAAGAUCAUUAAUACAAUUUUUAAAAGGCUGAAGCUAUUUGUUUGUCCAAAACUGCAGAUAGGCAGCAAAUCUCCACUGAUAGAAAAAUCAUUUCAUUCUCAACUUAGUACUUACACAAUGAAAAUCGUCAACAUUGUUUUGAAUGCCAUCCAAAGUGAGCUCGAGAUGGAGAAAAUAAGCCCAAAUCUUAAGGAGACAGACCAACACAAGAGUCGUAAAAACAAAGGGUUCUUCAUGGAUUCCAAUAAAGUCGUAGAGUCCCAUGUUGCCAGUGUCAAUGAUGACAUUAUGGAAAGUCCAUUACUGGCAUGUAUUUGUGAAAUGAUAGCAAGUACAAAUGAAAAUAAAAAACAUACUCCCACCUAUACAGAUAAGGCAGUACCUACAACUACAUGUGGGACUGGCAGUGCUCCUAAACAAAAUAUUUUGUCAGAUAAACAACAGGAAAAAAUUUCCUUCCGCGAAUUGUUAGCUAAACCUUGCCUUCGGCACAGCUUCACUGAUGAAGAGGAUUUCAAGGACAGUUCCAAAUUGGAGGUUUUAGAUCAAAUUGGGGAGACGCUGCAUGAAAUGUUAAGCAAACUCACAGGUGAACACCCUGAUUCUCAGCCAUCUUGCAGUCAUCAAAACAAAGAAAACUUAGAGAAGGACCUUCCAACACUGUCUAACGUUCAGCUCAUUUCUAAAGGAAUUUUGGACUACGUCCUUGCCAAAUUAUGCGAUAUUGACAUAGACACCAGCAUCAUAAAUUCUGGAUUGAAAACUGUGUCUGACACCCUUGACAUAGAAAACCUAUCACUUGCUUCAACUAUGGAGGAAAUGGCCAAAUGCACCAACAUAAUCUCGAGCAUAAUUUCCAAUAUUAUGGAGGAGAAUAAGGAUGAGACCAAAAGCAAAGAAAAAAGUGAUCCUCCAGUGUCUACCAAAACAGAGAUCCCAGAAGAAAUGUGCCCCCAAAAACUAAAAAAUAUUGCUUCAGAUAUUCUUAAUGCGGUUUUUGCAAAACUGGAAAAUUUUGCAAAUGGAAGUGUAGAAAAGGUUGGUGCUGUUGAUGAUGAAACUCAAAAAGAACAUACAGUAGGUUGGGAAUGUGAAAGCAACAGUUCUCCUGCAGAUUCUCAAGAUCAAUCAUUGCAAUCCACUUUAUACAGUCAUGCAAAGAAGGUAUCAAGUGGUAUUUUGAAAGCCAUUCAAACGGAAUUAAAUGUGAACCCAUCUGACAGUAAGAUAGAUAAAAAGAGCUCACAGGAGGAGACACAAAUACUUACAAAUAUUGUUGAUUUAAUUUUAGGUGUAGUAUCUUCAGAUAUGUUUGCUGAACCUGAAUCUGAGAACACAGACAAUGAAAACUAUGGAUACCGACCAACCUAUGGAAAUUUUCUUCCUGGAGGAGCAGAAUCAGACUCAUUUUACGACGAUGAGACACAAGAUAAAGAACUUAUGAGUGAUACAUCAUUAUUAAGGGAGGAAACUAGAGCCCUUUCUACUGACGAGAUGGUUCUAGAAAGAACCUUAAGCAAAAUUGAAGUAAAGCUCAAAGAACCACACAGAUCUCCAAUUGUUCCCAUUAUAAGGAAUAUUUUGAACGAAAUUUUUCAAAGUGCUCUAAUCAGUCAGUUAAAUGUGGUUUCGCUCUCACGUGCUCAUUUUGGUGGGAUGCCUCACAAUGCCCCUGCAUCCUCUACUCAAACAUCUUCUCGUUUUAUAAAUCAAAUGAUGGGCCCAUUGGUAUCUGACACAGAUGUGAGUGUAGUAGUAAAUGAUGUUGUUAGGACAGUAUUCCACAAACUUUAUUCAGCUGCCAUGACAGAAAAGCAUGUAAGUGAAAACAGAUGCAAAACCAUCAUCUUUUCGGCCAACGUGUCUUUCCAUGAGCGUACCUAUGGAAGAAAUGGCCCUGCCAGUGGGUUAAAUGGAAAUGCAUGUGAUCUUCAGUCCAGCUGGAAUGUUGACAAACAGACCAAAAUAAAUGUAGUUGAAGACAUUGUUCAGUCAAUAUUAGGAAAUUUAGAAACUUUUGCUGCUUCCAAAGUAGAAUCUCUCUUCUGUCCCCAAGUCAACUUCACAGUUCCAGUGACUUUGCCAGUCCAGCAGGAAGGGGGAUCAUUAAGCCAAGCUUUAUCAGACAAAGACUCUGACAGUCAGCUUCCCUGUUCACUGGAUCAUAGGAAUCCAGAACAGAUGGACCCGUGGUGUCAAAGGUCUCUGUCCAAAUUAAAUAUUUAUGCAAAAGAAGUGGCUAGGAAAAUUUUACAGGGUAUCAAACAUGAGUUAGAUAAAGAACAAGACAGUCCUCUCUUGACAAAUCAUAUUGUGGUUUCUGAGAAUAUUGCAAGUCAGGUUGUUAACGCAGUGCUUGAUAUUGUGUCAUGCAAAACCCAGGGUGACAAAAACAGCUCUGACAAAGAGAGUCAUUCCGAUCAACAAGCUGGUAUUAUUGAAAGGCUAGUCAAUAAAACAGAAUACCGAAAAAUACUUGAGUUUCAAAUUCAAGAUACCAUUGAAGGGAUCUUAUGUGAAAUUUAUGGAAACAUUGUGCAUCAGAAUAAUCUCUCAUUUGCCACACCUACUCCGAAAUAUGGUGUACCUACAAAAUGCUCAGAAGCAGAUUUUGAACCAGUAGUUAUGGGUACAAAUAUUAUCCCUAAAGUCUCAGUUCCUAAAGCAGAUGUCAUUUUGGUGUCCAAAGACAUAGUGGACAUUGUGCUUCAUAACCUUACAAGUUUGGUCAUGCUUGCCGUAAAUGCAAAGGACUCUACUUCUGCAAGAUUGGCCUUCUAUGAUAUAUUUCCAAAGCCACCGUGCCAGCAGCCUCUUUCUAUAACACAAAGCACUGAAGGAAAACCAGGGCACCCGUCACUCUUAAAAAGUAAGAAUUUAGGUUAUCCUGAUGUUCAUCCGACGCCCAUAAAUGGCAAAGAAGACACCAAGGAACCUGCUGCUGACCCAUGUGAGGAAAAUGCAAACUGCAUCACUGAAACUAUUUUCAAUCGGUUACAGUCUUUUGCCACAGAGAGAAUCAACUCAUUAACGACUCUUGCCUUUCAGCCUGAAGGAAAUGGAUUCGUUAACCCACAAUUUCAAAAUGAUAAAGACGACAACUGCAUUUUUCAUGAACCAGGCCAAGCUGAAUCUGAUGUGAAAGUCCUAAAAUUAUCAAAGAAUAAAACAGUCCCUAGUCAAGCGCUUGCAGAACCCAUUUUUGCCAGGUGCAGAGAAAAUUUUGGAACUACAACCCAUUUGUCACAAACCAGCCUUAAGGACUAUGCUGCUGUCAUUGCCAGCACUAUUCUGAAGCUUAUCAAAAAUGAUCUGGACUUAGAACUGCAAAGUAUGCACACAUAUGCAAGUCACAUUUUAUUUCAAAAGAAUAUGAUUGUGAGUGAAAUUGUUAAUAAUAUCUUAAAGGUUUUGCACAAUAAAGAAACUGUAAAGGAACUUCUUCUAUCCUCAUCAGAGAACUCUAGCUGUUCCCAGUUAACCAUAUCAAAUGAGGUUUUGCUGGGACAUAAAGAGAAGGAAAAAACUACCCCAUUGCCCCAGUUUACGGCCAACUCCUUAGAAGAAAGCCGAAUAACAAUGGAAAAAGAAAGCCAGAGAGAUGUUUUGGAAGAAAUAUUUAUGAGAAGAGGGGACUCUAAAUCAAGAGAAAGAACGGAAAUCCUCAGGACAGUGGAAGAGGUUUUGAAGAAACUAAGUCAGAAGAUAAUGGAUAUCAUAGGCCACAUCUCCCCGUUCAAUGAAAUCCCCUAUAUAGUGUCUAAGUCUAAAAGUAAAACAGCAGCUGUAAGACACAGGAAAUUCUUUCAGUCGCAUAUUAACAAUGUAUCAAAUGAUAUACUGGAAAAUGUUUUGGGCGAGAUGCACUCUGUGGUUGUAACAUCCCUGUACAAGAAAAAUAAAGGCAGGAGAGAGGGAGAGAUGCAUGACACCAGCGGCAGCUCAGCAGGAAAAGCACCGUGCUUCAGAGAAACUAAGCCAACGAGAAAACGGAUACCACAGACGCAUCCGUAUGCUGACAAUUUAAAUGCUCUUGUGUUAGAAAACACCUUUUUUCCAUACUUGCCAUCGCAAAUUGGAAAAUAUUUAGUUCAAAUAGUCCUUGAUAAGUUGUCAAAUUUUGUCUCCCUGCAUCUAGAAGAGGGAUAUCCACCUGAAGGUAGUUACGAUGACUUGUACCUUCUUAGGAUACAUAAUUCUAAACUCAGCCCAAAGAACAGUCCGAGGCCAGGAUGCAAAACAAGUUUAAAAAUGAGAUCAAAAAUCACCUCUCUCUCUAAAUUUAAAACAAAACCACACCUUGGUAUUAGCGGUACUAAGACCAAAAGCAAGACCAAGUUAUCUGCUGGAGAGAAGACUCCAAGAGAGAACAGAUCCAAAACCGCCCUUGGGCUGCCACAGACGCCACAAGCCGAAGAUGCCAAAACCACACUGAAAACAAAAUUACCAGUGGCAGAAUUAAGAGUCUAUGCCACGAACAUAAUAACUGACAUUUUAGAAGUAAUUAUGGGCUCUCUCGAGAGAGCAUCACAACACAGAGCCAUGUUUAACAUGAAAGUCUUAUCAUCUAGUCAAAUCCUUGAAGCCAGUAAAAUUGUUAACGCAGUGUUACAAGAGCUGUAUGCGACGAACAACGACAAUUCGGAUUCUCCAACUAACAGUUCAAACCCGAGUGAUCAUCGCCUAGCCAAGCAGAAUCUGGGUGCAGGUUACCCUUCAGAGCAACCGUGUUUUUACUUAGAAAAUGUUUCCUCACAGUUAGAACAGAUUUUUCCUAAAGAAGGUAUAUUGAAGAAAAUGUUUGACAAGUGGCAAACAGAAACAAGUGAUACAGAAACUGAAAAGUCUAAACUUUUAACUGUAGCCGAAAACAUUUUAACCGAGAUUUCAAUUAAAGCCAAAGAUUUGGAGUACUCACUUUCACUUCUAAAUUUGCCGCCUCUUGAAGAGUGUGAAAACAGAUUCUAUGACCGCUUUAAGGGUGGAGCUACAAGAGCUGAGGACACAAAAGCCCAAAUCAAUAUGUUUGGACGGGAGAUUGUCGAAAUGCUCUUUGAAAAAUUACAGCUGUGCUUCUUGUCUCAGAUGCCUACUCAGGAUGGUAAUGGAAUGCUAACAUGUAGGAAAGGACCCGUUGCUGCGAAAAGUAAGCAUGGUGUUCAAACUAAGCCCAUCCUCAGUGGCAUGCAGACCUGUAACCUGAAAAUGAAAGACCAGGUGUCUAUGAGCCGUAGCAAUCAAAUUGUGCACGAGAUUGUAGAGAGAGUCUUAAACAUGUUAGAGUCGUUUGUGGACUUGAAGUUUAAGCAUAUAUCUAAGUACGAGUUUUCUGAAAUAGUAAAAAUGCCAAUAGACAAUCUCUUUCAAGUGCAACAAAGACAAUUAAGCAAAAAGAUGCUGCCAAAAUUACCAUCUAGAAAGUUUGGUGAUGAGUGCAAGUCAAGCGCUAUUAUAUCCAAAGAAAAUGUACAGAACACACUCUUACAAGUCCAUUUAUUCCAUUCGGAAUUACUUACAUAUUCUGUCACUACUGUCAGUGGCAUGCUUAGGAUAAUCAAGAAUAAGCUAGACAAAGAAAUAAGUCAAAUGGAGCCAUCUCCAGUCAGUCUAUUGAAAGAGAACAUGGCUGCAAGCGAGAUCAUUGGUACACUCAUAGACCAAUGCUCCCAUUUCAGUGAGUCCUUGGUCAAAAACCUUCCUACCAAUAACUGGUUCAAAGGAACCGAGAAUGUUUACAUUGUUAAUCAGGUUGAAUUUGCACCUUCUGUGAAAAUGCCUCCAGGGAACAUGAGUGACACUCCUGGGAGGAGUAAUAGUCCACCAAGGAGUGUGCCAGGCUUGGAGUUCACGUCUGACGAUGAUAUGAAAGAAAAAUAUAACCUCGCAUCUAAUUCAUCUUCCCUCAUCAGUUCCUAUGUAGAAAAUGCCAGUAAAAGCUCAGAGGCAGCCAGGAGGCCCAGUUCGAGAGCCAUGCCAUCAUGUUCUAGACACAAAACACAAGACCACAGCUGGAGGAAACCAAACUCUGGACCAUUUGAGGAAGUCACAAAAGCUCACAGCUUUCUCCCUGAAGGGAGUGUGUUACAAAAAUUGUUUAAGAAAGUAAAUGAUUCCACAGAAGAGUCACUAAAACAAGUCUUAUCAUUUAUAGAAAUGGGCAAAGGUGAGAAUCCAAGGGUUUUUCAUUAUGAGGCUACCAAACCAGCUGAGCCAAAGGAAAUUAGGACAACUGCUUCCCCGCUGAAAAUAUGCUUAGCUGCAGAAAAUAUUGUAAACACAGUACUGUCAAGUUAUGGCUUCCCACAUCAACCAGGCACUAGUGAAAGCACAGAGACUAUGAAACCAUUUUUUAUGUCAAGUCAAACUCCUUUGUCGGACAUAUGUGAAGGACAAAAAGAUAUGGAGAAAACUUUGCUCACAACAUGGUGUACCCGAAUGACCGACCUGCUGGAGGAGGAAAGUGAAAGUUCUGAAACCUGCCAAGAGGAUUUUUCUUUAUUAUACAAAUGGAAAAAUAAAAACUCCAAAACAACAACAGAGGCUUCGGAGGAAGCCUACGCCAUUGAUUUUGCUGAUCAUGAACUUGGUCCAAAUGAAAUGCACUUGGUUGCAAGACACGUUACAACAUCUGUGAUCACACACUUGAAGAACUUGAAAACUUCAGUUUCUACUGAGAAGUUGUUUCAUAUAUCUUCACUCUCAAAGAAAAACGAUGAUGCCAAGCAGCCUAUUAAAAGCAUUUACAGUAAUUCUUCAGUUUAUCAGCUUUGUGAACAUCUUUCUGAAGCAGUUAUCUGCUACCUAAGUUCAAACCUUUCUGAUGGCACCAGAGAAGGCAGCAAAGAGAAAGCAUGGGAAAUUCACGAUGCAAUACUUGACAAAAACAUCUUAAUUCAUUCUCAACUGCAUAAAACCAGGUCUAUUUCCAUUGGAGAUCUCGCCUUAAGUAUUUUUGAAGUUAUUGUUGAAGUUCUUUUUUACAGAAACUUGAUAAAUGCUGACAAGGCACAUCAGGCUUCCAUAAAUGCAAAGUACACUCUCUGUCCAGGAGUGACUUCUUCUGACUUUGACGAUAUGUUUCAAGAUCUCUUAAAAGGAGUGAUCUGUGUAUUGUCCAAAGUCCUAGGAAUAAAUCAUUUUGAAAAUAAUGUAAGAAACAAGUCAUAUGCCCCACUUAAAAGUAGUUUGCCCAUUUUAAACAAAGUCAAUACCAUGGAAAAUCAUACAGGCCCAAGGGACUUGGAGUCAUCCCCUCACCUAACUGAUCACCUUGUUCAAAAAAAUAAACUAAAUUACCUAGCACGUAGGUUAAACAGUCUGGUUGGCAGCCUAAAAUCUCAUGAAUCCAAAGAAGUCGUCAAUGAAGUGUUUAAUAUCGUUUUAGAUUUAUUUUUACCGGAUGAAUUUCCUGAUGGUGAUAUGAGUUCUGGUAAACUAGCAAAAACAUUUUCCCCCUCAAAUAUCCAAGAAAGUCAUAGAACCCUUACCAACAAUCUAGGGCUUUCCUCUAAAUCAGUUUUUCUUCUCAAUGUUGUGUGUGAGAAACUUAUCCGAACACUUCUAGAAAAGUGCACGGGGGGUGCCGCAUUUUUUGAGGAGAAUACGCUUUUGCGUGAAGUACCAGAAGAAUGUCAACAUGUCAAAGUUCUUUCAAGUGUUAAAGGUGGAGGUUUUGAUUAUCUUAAGACACCAACGGACUGUGAACAAUUUCAGGGAGAUUACAUGUCAGACCUGUUGGAAAACCUGGCAGACAUUGAUCAAGAUUCAUUAUCAUCAGACUGUAUACUUAAUGUUAUUUCCCACAGCUUGGUUAAAUCUUUGAUGGACAAGCUAUCUCAUGGUUUACAGCAAGCUCCUUUUGAAAACAAAUACAAGAACUACAGAAUGAAAGAAAUACAGCCAUUUGUUCCAAAGACAAUAAGGCAAGAAUUAAUAGACCCAGAACAGACGAAAGCCCAUGUAGGGUUCAUGAGCUCUGACAAUAAUUUUUUUACCAAGUCCUUGAAUAACCCCAAUGCAACUAGCUUUAAAAUGCACACACCAUUUGGCAAACAACAUGCAGGAAAAACUAUCUCUUUGUCCUUUCCUGACAGGAAAGAAGCAAGGAGAAUCAACAAAGUAUCCUCUCAUAAGCUAUGUCAAAGAGGUGUAAAUGGUGCUGUUUUUUCAGCCAUAUUUUUAGAGGAGAUAAUUGCAGAAUUAUUUUUUAAUUUGUCUACAUCAUUGUGGAAGAAAAAUCUGAACAUCACUGAAGCCUGGCUCAAUGAGAUAAAUACAUUACUUAUCAACAAUGUAGUGAAAGAGUUGAAUAAUGCUCAGAUUUCAGUUCUAAGGUAUCCUGAAGAAAGACUAUAUUUUCCAUCAGCCCAUAAAGGAUGUAUUACUAAGAUUGUUGAUUCCAUUUAUCUUGAUGUUUUACAGCAAUAUGAAUUUACAGUAACCAGUGGUAAUCUACCAUAUGAUAAUGCUCCAGUAGCUGAACGAAUAGCUAAUAGCAUAUUGUUAGAGAUUAUAGACUACCAGCUGCCAUCGUGCUUCAAGGGAAAGCUCAGAUCAAAUUUAUUUCACACGCUCAAUGCUGAAAUCAUACUGUAUAAACUUCGAAAUAGUUUAAAAAAAUGUAACUCUGAACCCAUGUCUUCAAAAGGGUAUAGUACCAUGUUACCACACUCAUUUUUAGAAUAUGUUAUCAGAAGACUCUUAGCUCAACUUAUUCCUUUGCCUGUUAAGUCUUCAUCGUUAGACAAAACAUAUUGGACAAGUUCAGAUUUCAGUGAAAUGUCCAACUGCAUAACAAAUAAGGUUAUGUCAGCUAUUUCAAAACAUAAAAUCUGGUUCACCAACUGUGACAAUCAGUAUCUACAUACAGAUAAAAAUCUCCAAAAGAUGGUAGAUUCUGUUUACAGUAAUAUUUUGCAAAUGUCUGAUUCUCUUGAUUUAAUACAGAAAAAUAUAAUUAGUCGAAGUCCAAUUAUGAUUGACCAAAUAGCCAGUUUCAUUAUUCAAGAGAUUAUUGAAAGCCAUCUUCAACCAUUUUUGUGUGGAGAGACUUUACCUCGCCCCAAAACUCCUCUGGAUGAAGUGUCUUACAUGGUCAAACAAGUUAUCAAUGAAGUUGUAGAGUCUCACAAGUCCCGGAAGACAUCACCUUUUGGCAUUUACCCUGAUAAGUUUGUAGGAGAAGUUGUCACAAGAGUUCUAUCAAAGAUUUUUAGUCCUAAGUCAAAAGCUAAUGUUGAGCUGGAAAAUAUGACCCAAAAAAUAGUAAGGUCAGUGAAUAAUCAUUUAGACAGAGCUAAGAUUCCGAUUCUAUGCGAUAGGCAAACAUCCCUUCCCUUUAGUAAUACAGAUACUGUGGAUGAACUUGUUGCCUCAGUAUACAGGAAUGUUUUGAAGCAGCAUGGACUAGAUCCUGACAUUGAUGAGUCUGAAAAUGGUGAAGUUUUUGUGGAAAAUAUUACCAAAUUUAUCACAGCAGCUAUUUCAGACUACCUUCUUCACCCCCUGUUUUCUGGUGACUUGUCAGCUUCUUCUUGUUCUAGUUCAAUGACUGAUCAUACUGUUUAUGACAUUCUUGGUGACAUCAAUAAAUCUAGUAAGUCAAACCAGACUUUACCUCUAUAUAAUACAUUACUACCAUAUACAUUUUUAGAAGAUAUGAUCAGAGUACUAUUAUCUAAAUUUUUUCCUUCUUCCCCUAAAAUCGCUUCAUACAAAGCAGCUUCAAAAGAUAAAGAAGGAGUAAAUUUUAAUGAAAUUGCUUCCAACCUGAUCAGUGAUAUUAGGAGAAAAAUAUCCCAACAUGAAAUUAGAUUUUCAAAAGACGAAGAGAGAACGAAGUCCUUUUACUCAGAAGAUGAUGUUCAGCAUCUGGUCGAUGCAGUUUUCACAAAUAUUUUAGAAAACUCUGGUUCUCAAGAAUCAGUGGAACAAAAUAUCACAAAAAGUAAUGCUGUUUUAAUUGAUCAAAUAGCAGGUUUCAUUAUUAAAUACAUCUGUGAACACCAUCUUCAGCCAUUUCUGGAAAGAAGGCAAUUAUCUUCCUCAUCACGAAAAUAUUACGAUGAUGACAGGCAGGAGUUGUUAUAUGGGAGUGCUUAUUCCUCAAUGUUUUUAGAAGAUGUGGUCUCUGGAGUAGUUAGCAAAAUAUUUCACAGGGUAGUUGGCAUUGUACAAGUGGACUCAACAAGGAACUCAGAAAAUGUCUUGUUUGAUAAAGCCGAAAGCCUCAUAUAUUGGAUAACAGAGGAAUUUUCCAAAGCUCAGGUUACCACUAUAGAAAACGCUGAAGAACAGUUGUCUUUGUCCCCAGUAGAAGGAGAUAUACUCAAAAACAUCAUUGACACGGUGUACAGAAAAGUUUUAGAAGAAUAUGAAAUGGAAAUUAUGCCUGAUAAAGAUUUUCUAAGUAAUACAAAAGCAUUAGCUGCCCAGAUAACCAAAAUCAUUCUGACUGAAAUUUCUUAUUUUCAAAUUCCAUCAGAUCUUGUGGCAAAUCUUCCUUUACACUUGCAUUCCAAACUUAGUCAAAAUGUCUUGGUGAAUAGAGUCCAUUAUGACAUUAGUAAAUCAAGAUUCCGAAGACAGGCUUCAACAAUGUAUUCUACCAUGCUCUCACAUGUUCAUAUAGAGAAAAUAGUGACUCAGCUCAUGUCUCAGAUAAAUCCAUCACAUUCCAGUGUAGAAUAUUCUGACACUUCUCAAUCAGAAUUAAAUAACACGGUCAUAAAACUGAUUAAUGAAAUCAUGUCAAUAAUUUCAAAACAUGCAAUAUGUAUUGUAAAACAUGGAAAUGAAAAACAGAGUAUGAUUUCAGAGAAAGACAUGCAGUCGAUGGUCGACUCCAUUUAUGCUGAUCUUUCCCAUUCAAAUCUGUAUCAGUCCCUUACAAAAGAUAAAAAGGGCCUAAGUAGCAUACCUGUUUCAAAAAUUGCAAGUUUUAUAAUAAAGGAGAUCUUCAAUCAUCAUCUAGAGUCAUUCUUAUCGGGUGAUAAAAGUAUUCUUUCAACUACAGUGGCUCAAACGUGCAAGAAGAAGCCCAAAACAAGCACUAAGCAAAGAGAGCUGUCGAUCAUUGUGAACUCUGCCGUCUUUUUGGAAGAAGUAAUUACUGAGCUUUUAUGCAAAAUUCUUCAGACAUUUAUACAGAAUUCCUUGGAUACUGAAACCCCAGAGAGAGCAAUAGCUAAAAUAAUGGACAUUGUUACAACCUUAGUAAAAUCAAUUGUUUUAGAAUUCACUACAUCUGAGAUUUUAGUCGCAGAACAUUUGGAUGAGAGUCUGAGGUUUUCAGAGACAUAUAAAGAAAUGGUUCAAAGAACAGUCGACUCUGUUUACAGAAAUCUAUUUGAUGAAUGUAAGUCUCUGACUCAACUACACAAGGCUGUACAAAAUGACACUUCAUGUUUUGGAGGGAAAAUAUAUCAUUUUCUAUUGGAAGAAAUGUAUGAUUAUCAAGUGCAGUCAUUAGUUUCAGGAGAAUUAAUGCCUUCUUGCUAUUCUUCACCUCAAGCUGCAAAUAUCAUCAAAAAUGUACUCAAUGUCAUCUUGAAGGAUACCAAUGCAUUACCAUCAUGUAUUACAGUGCUCCCUUGUUCUGUGAUAGAAAAUAUGAUUUACAAGCUUUUAGAAAACAUCUUUCCUUCAGAUGAUACUGAAGAUGAACUAAAGGAGAAAGAGGCUGGGCCAGAUGAUGAUGAUGAUGAGUUCAUGGUUGCAGCUUCAAAACUGACCGAUGAAAUUAUGCAAGAAAUUUAUGAACACGAGAUCAAAUUUACCAACGCAGAGGAGACAGCCGGUAUAAUAUAUGAAACAACUGAGAAUUUCAUUGACUCUGUAUGUAAAAAUAUUUUGAAGAAAUCUGAAUUCCAAGAAGAAGAAGAAGAAGAAGAAGUACAGAAAGAUGCACACAAAGAGGGAGGUUCAUUUCUCGGUAAAAUAGCUGGCUCCAUUAUUAAAGAAAUCAUGGAUCAUCAUUUGCAGUUAUUUUUAUAUGGUGAAGACUCACCUUCUAGUAACUUACCUCAUUUUGGUGUUGCUUCUCUUAUUGCUAAAUCCAUGAAAGAGAAGGCACCAUCCUCUCUAUUUUCAGCUGCAUUUUUAGAGGAUGUAAUUGUUGACCUUGCUCACAAAUUUUGCUCUUUCUCAACUCUUACUGAAGAUGCCAGGAAAAAGGAUAUGCCAGAGGCAGAAAUUGUAAGCUUGGCUAUUAAGUUUGCAAACUCUCUAAUACGAGAUUUUAGGAAAAGUGGAAUUAAAGUAUUACCACAUGCUGAAGAAAUAUUUUCUUUCCCACCAAUUGCAAAGGAGACAAUUGAUGAGAUAUCUAAUUUUGUCUAUGAUCAGUUUAUAGGGAAAUUCGGAGCUGAUGGUAUUCAGAAGGAUGGCACUGGGAACAUUGUUAUAGAAAUGGUUUCUUCUUUGGCACAAAAGGCAAUCUCUACAUUCAAGAUUCAGCCACUAUUUUCAGGAGACUGGUGUUCAACUUUCUUCUCAUUUCUAGAUCCAGAAAAUAUCUCCCAAAGGGUUCAGCUCCUCCCACAGAACACCUCCAUGAAGAUUAGUGACUCCUUAAAACAGAACCAGCUUGCUCUAUCUAAAGACACAUCAAUUACAAAAGAUGAGACCCAAGAUCCAGUACUUAACUCUAUAGCUACCAUUAUGAAAAGCAAUAUCAUCAAUCUCCUGUCAGGACCAAGUGAAGGCGACACAGAUGCAAAGAAAGAAGAGGAAAGCCAAGUCAAACCCGCCACUCCAGAAACCACCUCACCAGCUCGGUCCCCACUCACCAGCAUGAAAAGCCAAAGUACUCAGGUGCAACAUUCCGCUACAUCUCCAUCCACCAGCAUGAAAGGCAGAGGUGCUCAGAUGAAACAUUCUGCUACAUCUCCACACACCAGCAUGAGAGGCAGAGGUGCUCAGAUGAAACAUUCUGCUACAUCUCCACACACCAGCAUGAGAAGCAGAGGUGCUCAGAUGAAACAUUCUGCUACAUCUCCACACACCAGCAUGAGAGGCAGAGGUGCUCAGAUGAAACAUUCUGCUACAUCUCCACACACCACCAUGAAAGCCAGAGGUACUCAGGUGCAAUAUUUGAGUGACAAAUGUAAAAGGACUGAAACUGGAAAGGAGAAUUUAGUUCUAGUCAAUGAGCAGGGGCAGAUUCUUGAAAUAUUCACCCAUUUUGCAGUUGCGAAGACAGUUGAAAACAGUCCUGAGAAGGAGGGGCUUAGAUCAGAUUUGAAAAUGCAAAAUAAAAAAAUUGAUGUGAGUGAAAGUUCAGUGAAAAGAGAAGACAAGCCCAAGGGUAAGACUAAAGAGACCAUGACAGAAAAAACUGUACUAAUACCCCAACAACCAGUCAAGGAAGAGAGGAGACAGUCUGUAGCGGAGACAGAUAUGGAGGACGAAUCGUACUCAGAAAGUGAACAUGUUGAAAAUGUCAUUGAAAAUAUUUAUGACAAUGUUUUAAUAGUAUCUUCUCAAGAACCACUGGAUUUUUCCAGACCAAUGUACAGCAGAAGCCUCCUAAGUGAUAAAGCCUUGGUUAUACUUCAAGAUUCUGCACAGCUUGUUAAAACAAAGGAUUUACCCCCAUCAGUUCACAAAGACAUUGCUUCUAAAGGGAAAACAAGAAAAGAAACAGAAACCAGAAGAAGAGAGGAGAGUGAGACCAAAAAAUUAAAAGAGCUUAAAACUAAGUCCAGUAUGACAGACCCUCCUAAGUCCUCAUCGGAAAGUAACAUUGUUCCUGCCAAGUUUCUAGAAGAUGUGAUCAUUGAACUGGUGAACAAACUGGUAUUUACAUCUUCGCCAGAAACAGAAAAGUGUGACAAAAGUACAGCUACGAGUGAUCAAAAGCCAGUUGAACUUUAUGACACAGCUAUGAGACUCGUCAAUUCAAUGAUGAAAGAGUUUUCAGAUGCAAAAAUUAAGGUAUUUAGGCCAAAAAAAGAAAAGGAGGUACUUCCAAAAUCAGUCAAAGAAUCAGAUCUUGCAGCACCUCCUGAGAUUAAAGAAACAACUAUAAAAAAGCCACCAUCGAGCACAGAUAUUAAAAGCAAGGAUAAAAUGUCGCAAACGCAGAAAACACCUGAACAGUCCUUUUCUGACAAGUUGUCGUCCAUAGAGAAGACACCAUCGACUGAAAAAACAAUAGUCAAUAAAAUUGUUCAUUCUUGUGUUUGCAGUGUUUUAAAGGAAUGUAAAUCUCAAGAGUCUAUUUGUGAGAGCAUCAACAGUAAUGGGGAGAAUCUAGCAAAAAGGCUAACGAGCACAGUGAUAAAUGAAAUUUUUCAGCAUCAGCUUAACUUGAUGUUUUCUGAUGAGAUACCAGCUUCAGCAUGUGUGCCUCUGGAAUCAAAAGAUGUUGAGAAAAAGGUCCAAACUGCCGUGAAAACAGUCAGUAAAGAAUGUCAGACCUCAUCUCCCUAUACCAUACAGUUACCUUACAAAUUUUUAGAGGAUGUAUCUUCCGGUCUUUUAGCAAAAGUCUUUUCAAAACUAUCCAAUGUCAAGACAAAACUAACUCCAGAAAAUGUGUUGACGCAACUAGACUUCAUUCAAAUGAAUUUAGUAAAAACGAUUGCAGCAGAGAUUUCCAAAAAUGAAGAUCUGAUUAUACAGUACGUAGAAUCCUUGCAUCCAAAUGAUGAUGAAAUUGUUCAACUGGUGGUUCAAACAAUUUAUAAUAAUCUUUUGCCACAGUUUGGAUCACAGGAAAUCUUACAAAAAUGUUUAAUUAGUGGGUGCAAAGUCCUUUCAAAAAACAUAGUUGACUUAGUUCUACGAGAAGUGACUGGCAACCAGUUGCAGAACUAUUUUGGUGGUGAGUUGACUCCAUAUCAGUGUGCAGAAGUUGACACUGUUGUUGAAAAUAUCCUCACCAAUGUGAUCUUAACAACUCCAACACAGCCACCAAGUCCUCGUAAACUCUCUUACAACGUAAUAGAAACAAUUGCUGUAAAGUUCUUAUCGAAGCUUUUAUCUGUCUUUCCAAAAGGCAGUACAGAAAGAACUAAAUCUCAAGAAAGUGAAAUGCAAAAAAUAACCUCAAAAAUAUUAAAUUCAAUCCAGGAAUUUUUCUCCAAAAGUAAAAUCGAAGUUGUACAACCGGCUAAGGCAUCAGAAGCUGUGCCUUCAGCUGACAAGGCAACUAUUGAAAAGGUGGUUAAUUCCGUCUAUGCCAAUCUUUUGAAACACUCAGGCUCCCCUAAUUCUGUAUUUGAAGAUUUAAUGGGGAAGAGUGAUGUCCUUUCUGACAUAAUAGGUUUUUCAAUGGUAAAGGAGAUUUCCAAUUCUGAAUUUCAACCUCAAUCAGAGGAGGAACUUUCAAGUUCAGAGUUAGUCCUAGAAGCUGUCAAGAUUAUGGAAAAGGUGGUGAAAAUCAUUGAUGACCUUAAGUCCCAGGAAAAAACCGCAUCCAUAAGAGAUGUGGUGUUAGACUCCAGAGUUUUAGAGGAAGCUUUGGCCUUGUUCUUGGCUAAACUAGUAAGGAAGCCUGGUCCUGCAAGCAAAGACACAAACAGUUUAACAAAGCCCGAGUUAAAUAAAAUUGCAUCUCAGUUGACAAAAUCUGUAACAGCUGAAAUUUCCAAAAGUAACAUUAGUCUUGUGGAUUCCAUUCCCGAAGAAAAAUCUUUAGAUCCAGAAAAUAUUGAAAUGAUUUCUCAGGUUGUUGAGUCUGUUUACAGUGACAUAAUAAAACAAUCCGGAUCCAAGAAAGAACUCUAUGAUAUAAAAGGCACAAAGAAGGCUUUCCCUAAGAAGGUCGCUAGCUUGAUUGUCGAUGGAGUUUCCAGUGUUUCGUCAUGUAGAGUUAGCACAGGGAGUUCUUCCGCUGCGGCCUUAGGAGAUUUAGACACAAACAGAAUCAUUGAAAAGGCACAAAAGCACGCUGCACUGAUGAGCUCUGACUCAGACAAAGAAUCCGAAGAUGUAUUAGAAGAUGAACUUCCAGUUAAAAUAAUUCCACAUGUGAGGAAUAAACCGAUGAAAAUAGAUCCAAAUAUCGUCUCAGAACACUUGGCUGUUAUUUCUAUGAAGACUCAGCCUCUGGAGACUCUGAAGAUGGACUGUAUAAAGAGAACUGGAUGCAGUAUAGCCGAACUGAGAAGAGCUUCCAUAAGUGGCAAAGGUCCUUCUUGCACAGAUGUGUCUGAAUCAGAAACAAGGCAGAAAGAGAGACGCAUCUCACUGGAUAGGACUGGACGACUAGAUGUGAAACCCUUAGAGGCUGUUGGCAGAAAUUCGUUUCAAAAUGUAAGAAGGCCUGAUAUCACCAGAGUAGAGCUUUUGAAAGAUAUUAAUAACAAAAAAGAUCUGAUCAUUCGGCUAGUAGCUCAUGAUAUUGGUCAAAAAGAUUCAGAUAUUAGCUUAAGAGAGGACACGGUUUCUGAUGAUGAGGAGGUUGUCCUAGGAGAAGUUGUUGGAGACCAGUGCUUAAGAAACGUAGCUGGAGAUUAUGUUGAACAAGUUGUGAAACCUCCAGAAAGCCAAGUUGCUUCUCCUAAGACAGCAACAAGCUCAAGCAGUCUGAAAAAGUUCUUAGCACUGAGCAAAUGUUGUCAGCCCAUAUCUGGCGAAAAUAUUGAAAGUAUUGAAGUCACUGGAAAUCAGAUAACGGAACCUAACAAGACAAAUGUUAAAAGAGCUGUUGCUGAACUUGAUAUGCCUUAUUCUAAACACUUGGCAGAAGCACCGCCUUCAAGGGACAAAUUACAAUAUAAGAAAGAAGAAAUCCUUCCUACUGAACCAACACAUUACUUCAUACACAGAAUUAUGAGCACAUCAUCAUACAACCAAGAAGACCUCAUUUCUGGCGAAGCAGAAGAAUUUAUACCAGAUCCAAAGGCUAAUGCAUUAGAAGAAAGUUGUCAGGAACCACAAGAAGGAAACUCAAACAGUGUUGAGUUUGUCACCAUCUACGAAGAAUCAAAAAAUAUGGCCAGCAGUGCACGUCUUUCAAAGGAACACGUUUCAGAAAUGCCUAAGAGCAGUAUUUCCAAGCAAGGUUCUAAAGUGCUGGCAAAGGUAUCUUCCACUCUGUCAAAGGUGUUCUCCCGAUCGAGCGGCAGUGUUCCUAAAUCCUCCUCACCACCUCACCAGGAUAAGUGCUGAAGCUUCUCCACUUGAUAAAAUUGUGAUUCUCUAUAAAAUAAAAUGAUAUUUAAAGUAGAA